GAAAUCGUCACCAACCCCGGUCUCAGCCCCCUUCACGGACCCCGGGGGACUCGAACCCUUUUCUUAGCCGCGUUCCACCGCAAACGAGGGCGCCAUGCCGUUCGGCUGUUUAACACUCGGAGAGAAGAAGGACUACAGCAGUCCCACCGAUAUCAGCGACAGAUACGACCUCGGACAGAUCGUUAAAUCGGAGGAGUUCUGCGAGAUCUUUCGGGCCAAGGACCGAACCACGUCCAAAAUGUUCACCUGCAAAAAGUUCAUGAAGAAAGACGGGAGGAAAGUGAGAAAGGCCGCCAAAAACGAGAUUUUUAUCCUGAAAAUGGUGAAGCAUCCCAACAUUCUCCAGCUGGUGGACGUUUAUGAGACGAGGAAGGAAUAUUUCCUCUUCCUGGAGCUCGCUACAGGCCGCGAGGUGUUCGACUGGAUUUUGGAUCAGGGCUACUACUCAGAGAAAGACACCAGUAACGUGGUCCGGCAGGUCCUGGAAGCGGUGGCCUACCUGCACUCCCUCAACAUUGUGCACCGCAACCUCAAGCUGGAGAAUCUGGUUUAUUACAACCGACUGAAACAUUCCAAAAUAGUCAUCAGCGACUUUCACCUGGCCAAGCUCGAGAACGGACUCAUUAAGGAGCCUUGUGGGACUCCGGAAUAUCUGGCUCCGGAGGUGGUUGGACGGCAGAGAUACGGGCGGCCGGUGGAUUGCUGGGCUCUGGGCGUGAUCAUGUACAUCCUACUCUCUGGGAAUCCUCCGUUCUACGAAGAAGCCGACGACGACGAUUACGAAAACCAUGACAAGAACCUGUUCCGUAAAAUCCUGGCAGGAGAUUAUGAGUUCGAUUCCCCGUACUGGGACGAGAUCUCAGACUCAGCGAAGAGUCUGGUGUCGCAUCUGAUGGAGGUGGAUCAGGAUCAGAGACUCACGGCGCAGGAAGCCAUUAACCACGACUGGAUCUCUGGAAACGCUGCUUCAGAUAAGAACAUUAAAGAGAACGUGUGCGCGCAGAUGGAGAAGAACUUCGCUAAAGCUAAAUGGAAGAAAGCCGUUCGAGUGACGACCAUCAUGAAGCGCCUGAGAUUACCAGAGCACCAGCAGUCCGCCGGCCCCGGCCCCGCCCCGAACCCUGCAGGAGAGGCGCAGGAGAACCCCCCGGCUCCACCUGAGGCGUCGUCACCCGCAGACCCCGCAGCCCCGGCGCCCCCUGCUGGUCCGGCGCCCGCUACCGCAGAGGCUACGGGAGGAGCGCAGGGCGUGGCCGCUCCCUCACCGCAGUGUAACGGUGAAUCCCCCGCGGCGGCGGCCGGCUCACCGAGCUCAGACGAACAGAACGGUUAAACGUUUCUUCUCUCCUCCUUCCUUCUCCUCUUUAUUUUCCCGCGUUUAAACCCCUGAGCUCUGUACAUUAGCUGCUAGCAUGUUCUCCCUGAACCUGCUCUCCUCUCACGCUAACGUUAGCAGCUCCAGCGCACCGUCCCGCCGAGUCUCGUCACCGUCCUGAGCCGACCAACCUCAAGAACUCACACCGCACUGCACAGCAGAUGAUCACGGAUUCAUGGUUCGAGUUCAGAAGCCGUACGGCAGCACCGCGGUUUUCAUCAUCUUUUUUUUUUAUUUUAGCUUUAGUGUGUUUUUAUUCUAAUUUAUU